CGUAUAAAAUACUGCUGUCUGCGGUCUUUCCGUACUUUCUAUCAGUGUGUGACACGAUGAAGGCUGUGGUGGUGUUAGUUUGUCUGUUGGGGCUGGUGGUGGGUGAGGAUGUGGUGGCGCGGUACCACCGGCAGGUGGGGAUACCGGCCGCUGCCAGGAUGAUGGCGCAGGAGUCCAUGAGAAUAGUCGGAGGCCUCAGCUCUUUUAAAGGGGAACAUCCUUUUCUAGCAGGGCUGGUGAUCACUCUGAAGACAGGUGAGACAUCAGUAUGCAGCGGGUCUCUGCUAAACCACUACUACGUCGUGUCUGCCGCUCAGUGCUGGUAUGAUGGAGAAUCCGAAGGCAAGGAAGUGCAGGCAGUAUUAGGGUCAGUGAGCCUGUUCUCCGGCGGCACCAGGGUGUAUGCGAAGACGGUGACGUUACAUCCGGAAUACGACGCCGACAAACUCCUCAACGACAUCGCGAUGAUGGGGUUCUCUUACAUUUCAUUCAACAGUUACGUAAGUCCGAUAACUCUGCCUGUUUCGUACUUCAGCUCACUGGCGGGCUACAGGGCACAGAUCAUUGGCUUCGGCAAAACAUCCACUGAUGGUGCAUUAAAUGAAAACGCGAGCCUUCGUGACGUAUACGUGACGGUGAUGAACAACACUCAGUGCCAGGAGGUGUACGGCUCACACGUGACCGCUGCUACCAUAUGCACCAGUGGCGAGGGCGGCAAGGGCGCCUGCGGGGGAGACGGGGGUGGUCCUCUGAUCCUGCGCCGAUUCAUCGGAGCCGCUGGCAAGGACCUAUUGGUGGGUGUGGUGUCGUUCACUGCUGGCUCCGGCUGCGAGAAGGGCUUGCCCACGGGACACACGCGCGUCACCUCCUACCUGCGCUGGAUCAACAGCUUCUUGUAAGGAGAGGAGCAUCCACUAUUGACCCGGCACGAUAUGGCUACUGCUUGUAUAAUAAUUAUAUG